AUGGCAGCCGCAGCCGUUUGUGCUCCAUCUCCUUCUGCUGGAUGCUCUCCCUCAGGGGACCGCCCUGGCAUGCUCUGCAGUUUCCGGAUCCCUGGGGCCUGGUCCUGCGCGUGGUCCAUGAACGCGCAGGUCAACAACUGCUUCAGUACAGGCUUGUCCCGGUGGGUCCUGGUGACCAACGUGGUGACGGGACACCGGCUAUCAUUUGGGACCAGCAGUGAUGUUUUGACCCAGCAGUUUGCUGUCAUGACUCCUUUGCUGUUUAAUGGCUGUCGCUCCGGGGAGAUCUUUGCCAUUGAUAUGCGUUGUCGAAACGAAGGCAAGAACUGGAAGGCCACCCGCCUGUUUCACCACUCAGCAGUGACAUCUGUGCAGAUCCUCCAAGAAGAGCAAUGCUUGAUGGCAUCCGACAUGCUGUGGGACCUGAGGACCACUAAGUGUGUAAAGCAGUACGAAGGUCACGUGAACGAGUACGCCCUCCUGCCCCUGCACGUGCACGAAGAAGAAGGAAUCAUGGUGGCAGUGGGCCAGGACUGCUACACGAGAAUCUGGAGCCUCCACGAUGCCCAGCUGCUCAGAACCAUACCCUCCCCACACCCCGCCUCCAGGACCAACAUUCCCAGUGUGGCCUUCUCUUCUAGGCUCGGGGGCUCCCAGGGGGCGCCGGGGCUGCUCAUGGCCGUCCAGCAGGACCUCUACUGCUUCUCCUACAGCUGAUUCUGCAGGGGGCAGCCUGGACGACUGUGGAUUUGGCUUAAGGGAGUAAAAAGUAGCCUUACUUCUGCCGUAAUUGCUGCUUCCAGCGAGGGCAUUUUAAGUGGAUGUUCUGUGUACACAGACCCCAUCCAUCCAGCUGCUGCAGAGAAAGAAGGUGCUCUGUGUUCCAUGGAGACACUUGACUAAACUUAAAUUGUGGGCUCAGAGAGCUUAAAAGUCCUUUUCAUAAAAGGUACCUAUUCCCUUUUGUU